AUGACAGAUGACAAAGUAAUGCACUCUCUGAGGGAUGUUAGUCUAGUCAACAGUCCUUUUUAUGAGCACUGGUACCCUGUUUUCAUUCAGUCAUCUGCACAAUGUUCCUUGGAAAAUGUUGGAGAGACUUUGAGAAGCGUUUUGAGGACAGCAGUGUUCCUUCUGGUCAUCACUCCAGCCUGCACAAAAGUCAUGUCCGUGUCCUCUCAGAGUAAAGCUCUAAAAACAACUGAGGAAUUGGCUCUUCACAUGCUCCUGCUUUCCCAGGUUGGAAUUGGGACUCUGGCCAACAUUCUUCUGUUUUUCCACAAUUUCUCUCCCAAAUUUACUGGUUCUCAACUGAGGCCCACACAGGUCAUUGUCACCAACUUGGCUGUGGCCAAUGCCUUCCUUCUCCUGGUCACUGCAUUUCCAAACAAGAUGAUGGUUUUUGCUCCAAGGAGUCCUCCAACUAACCUGAAAUGCAAAAUUGAGUUCUUCAUUCGUGUAGUGGCUCGAAGCACAAACAUGUGCUCUACCAGCGCACUGAGCAUACACCAGUUUCUCACUCUUGUUCCUGGUCACUGGGGUAGGCUGAUACCUCAAGGAAGAGCUCCUAAUGUCCAGAGUUAUUCUUGUUACAGUUGUUGGUUGUUCAGUGUCAUAAAUAAUGUUUACUUUCAAAUGAAAGUCAUUGGUCCACAGAGAACAGGCAAUGACACUAACAAAAACAGCAAGUGGGUCUGCUCCACAUCUGGAUUCAGUGUAGGCAUGGCCAUCUUGCGUUUUGCCCAUGAUGCCACAUUCAUCAGCGUCAUGAUCUGGACCAGUGUCUCCAUGGUGCUUCUCCUCCAUAGGCAUCACCAGCGAACACGGCACAUCCUCACUGCCAGUCAGAACCACCGAGGCCAUGCUGAGACCAGAGCAGCCCAAACUGUCCUCAUGCUGGUGGUCACAUUGUUGGCUUAUCUCCUAAAUUUUAUUUGUGUAAUCUUUCACACUUUUUUAAUGGACUCUCGUCUCUGGUUGAGGCAUGUAAAUGAAGUUUUGACUGCAGGUUUCCCCACUAUUUCUCCUUUCCUGUUGAUCUUUAGGGAUCCUAAGGAUCCCUGUUCUGUGCUCUUCAACUGCUGA